GCAGUGGGCCAGGCCGGCUCUCCACGCAAAAAGGAAGCGUUCGUUCGCUGUAAUCCGGCGGCUGCGCUGGGGUAUGCGGUACCGGCUAGCGUGGCUGCUGCACUCCGGGUUCCCCAGCACCUUCCGCUUGGUCCUUGGCGCCCGUCUGUCGCCCCCAGAGCGCCUCUUUAGUUUUCAAAAACGGACUUACAGCAAAAUGAAUAAUCCAGCUAUCAAGAGACUAGAAAAUCACAUUAUCAAAUCUCCCGAAGACAAGCGAGAAUAUCGUGGGCUAGAGCUAGCCAAUGGCAUCCAAGUACUUCUCAUCAGCGAUCCCACCACGGAUAAGUCGUCAGCAGCACUUGAUGUGCACAUAGGUUCAUUGUCAGAUCCUCCAAAUAUUGCUGGCUUAAGUCAUUUUUGUGAACAUAUGCUAUUUUUGGGAACAAAGAAAUACCCUAAAGAAAAUGAAUACAGCCAGUUUCUCAGUGAACACGCAGGAAGUUCAAAUGCUUUUACUAGUGGAGAGCAUACCAAUUACUAUUUUGAUGUUUCCCAUGAACACCUGGAAGGUGCUCUAGACAGGUUUGCACAGUUUUUUCUGUGCCCCUUGUUUGAUGAGAGUUGCAAAGACAGAGAGGUGAAUGCAGUUGAUUCAGAACAUGAGAAGAAUGUAAUGAACGAUGCUUGGAGACUCUUUCAGUUGGAAAAAGCUACGGGGAAUCCCAAACACCCCUUCAGCAAAUUUGGGACAGGUAACAAAUAUACUCUGGAGACUAGACCAACCCAAGAAGGCAUUGAUGUAAGACAAGAGCUACUGAAAUUCCAUUCUACUUAUUAUUCAUCUAACUUAAUGGCUAUUUGUGUUUUAGGUCGAGAAUCUUUAGAUGACUUGACUAAUCUGGUGGUAAAGUUAUUUUCUGAAGUAGAGAACAAAAAUGUCCCAUUGCCAGAAUUCCCUGAACACCCUUUCCAAGAAGAACAUCUUAAACAAAUUUACAAAAUAGUACCCAUUAAGGAUAUUAGGAAUCUUUAUGUGACAUUUCCCAUACCCGACCUUCAGAAAUACUACAAAUCAAAUCCUGGUCAUUAUCUGGGUCAUCUCAUUGGGCACGAAGGUCCUGGAAGUCUGUUAUCAGAACUUAAAUCAAAGGGCUGGGUUAAUACUCUUGUUGGUGGGCAGAAGGAAGGAGCCCGAGGUUUUAUGUUUUUUAUCAUUAAUGUGGACUUGACUGAGGAAGGAUUAUUACAUGUUGAAGAUAUAAUUUUGCACAUGUUUCAAUACAUUCAGAAGUUACGUGCAGAAGGACCUCAAGAAUGGGUUUUCCAAGAGUGCAAGGACUUGAAUGCUGUUGCUUUUAGGUUUAAAGAUAAAGAGAGACCACGGGGCUAUACCUCUAAGAUUGCAGGAAUAUUACAUUAUUAUCCCCUAGAAGAAGUGCUCACAGCUGAAUGUUUACUGGAAGAAUUUAGACCCGAUUUAAUAGAGAUGGUUCUCGAUAAACUCAGACCAGAAAAUGUCCGGGUUGCAGUAGUUUCCAAAUCUUUUGAAGGCAAAACUGAUCGCACAGAAGAGUGGUAUGGAACCCACUACAAACAAGAAGCUAUACCCGAUGAAGUCAUUAAGAAGUGGCAAAAUGCUGAGCUGAAUGGGAAAUUUAAACUUCCAAUGAAGAAUGAAUUUAUUCCUACGAAUUUUGAGAUUUUAUCAUUAGAAAAAGAAGCGGCACCAUACCCUUCUCUUAUUAAGGAUACAGCUAUGAGCAAACUCUGGUUCAAACAAGAUGAUAAGUUUUUCUUGCCGAAGGCUUGUCUCAACUUUGAAUUUUUCAGUCGCUACAUUUAUGCUGAUCCUCUCCAUUGCAACAUGACAUACCUGUUUAUCAGGUUAUUGAAGGAUGAUUUAAAAGAGUAUACAUAUGCAGCACGCCUCUCAGGUUUGAGCUAUGGCAUUGCAUCAGGAAUGAAUGCAAUACUUCUCUCGGUAAAAGGUUACAAUGACAAGCAGCCAGUUUUGCUAAAGAAGAUUAUUGAGAAAAUGGCUACCUUUGAGAUUGAUGAAAAAAGAUUUGAAAUUAUCAAAGAGGCAUAUAUGCGAUCUCUUAACAAUUUCCGAGCUGAGCAGCCGCAUCAGCACGCCAUGUACUACCUCCGCCUGCUGAUGACUGAAGUGGCCUGGACUAAAGAUGAAUUAAAAGAAGCCCUGGACGAUGUCACCCUUCCUCGCCUUAAGGCCUUCAUACCUCAGCUCCUGUCACGGCUGCAUAUUGAAGCUCUUCUCCAUGGAAACAUAACAAAGCAGGCUGCAUUAGGAAUUAUGCAGAUGGUUGAAGACACUCUUAUUGAACAUGCUCAUACGAAACCUCUCCUUCCAAGUCAGCUGGUUCGGUAUAGAGAAGUUCAGCUCCCUGACAGAGGAUGGUUCGUUUACCAGCAGAGGAAUGAAGUUCACAAUAACUGUGGCAUCGAGAUAUACUACCAAACGGACAUGCAGAGCACCUCGGAGAACAUGUUUCUGGAGCUCUUCUGUCAGAUCAUCUCUGAGCCUUGCUUUAACACCCUGCGCACCAAGGAACAGCUGGGCUAUAUCGUCUUCAGCGGGCCACGUCGAGCCAAUGGCAUACAGGGCUUGCGAUUCAUCAUCCAGUCAGAAAAGCCUCCUCACUACCUAGAAAGCAGAGUGGAAGCUUUCUUAAUCACCAUGGAAAAGUCCAUAGAGGACAUGACAGAAGAGGCCUUCCAAAAACACAUUCAAGCAUUAGCGAUUCGUCGACUAGACAAACCAAAGAAACUCUCUGCAGAGUGUGCUAAAUACUGGGGGGAAAUCAUCUCCCAGCAAUACAAUUUUGACAGAGAUAAUACAGAAGUUGCGUAUUUAAAGACACUUACCAAGGAAGAUAUCAUAAAAUUCUACAAGGAAAUGUUGGCAGUAGAUGCCCCGAGGAGACAUAAGGUAUCCGUCCAUGUUCUUGCCAGAGAAAUGGAUUCUUGUCCUGUGGUUGGAGAGUUCCCAUGUCAAAAUGAUAUAAAUUUGUCACAAGCACCAGCCUUGCCACAACCUGAAGUGAUUCAGAACAUGACCGAGUUCAAGCGUGGUUUGCCACUGUUUCCCCUUGUGAAGCCACAUAUUAACUUCAUGGCUGCAAAACUCUGAAGAUUCCCAUGGGUGGGAAAUGCAAGUGGAUGCAUUCCUGAGUCUUCCAGGGGCUAGGAAAACAAUCUUGGCCACUUUAGUAGUUUCUGGUUCACUAUUAGAGAGAUAAACAGAAAAAGAGAAGUUGUCAAAUGUCAUUAUGUAGAAAUAUUAAAAAUCCAAAGUAAUUAAAUUACAAAAUCUUAUAGAUGUAUUUUUAAAAUACAUGCCUCUUAAAUAUUUAAAAAGUUUUUUUCUUUACUAAGAGAAAUUUCCCUUAUAUAGCAAUACUUAAAAUCAUGGGUGAUAUUCCUAUAGACUCUUCCCUCCCUGUCCUGUAAAAUAGUCACUUGUCAGAAGAAAAUGUGUUAUCUUUUUUCUAAGAGCCUCAUAGGUUGACCAAAAAAGGCUUCAAAACAUUUAGAAUGGUAAUAAUACCUUUUUAAGAAAUUGGCCCUCAAAUUUGCUUUCUACUGAAUAGUUUCAUGUAAAUCAGUGGAGACAUUACAUUUGGCAGAUAAUGAACAAAGCAGUGUACAAGCAAUGUGAUUUUCUUUUAUUAGUGAAAUUGCUGAUUAUAAGGCAUGGUUUUAAUCUUUUUAUAAAAUUUGAACAUGUUUUUUAUUCAUGUUAGUCAAAUGCUGGAAAACUCUAGAACACCCUACUUACUUAUAGUGCUAGAAAUACAGUUACCUAACAUCAACUUGAUCCCAAACUGAAUUUCUCAGGAUUACCGUGAUUAGUUUCUUUCUGAUUGAAUUAUAUGAACAUUCUUGUUCAUAAUUGGUUUGCAGUGUUCUAUCAGUUUUACUUUUUCCCAUUAAUAUGUUACUGUAUUUAUUUAACAAGUACAAAUAAGGUGAACUUCAGAUCCCACUGAGUGUGUGACAUGCUUUUCCAACAUUAGCUAUUGUAGACACCUGUAAUUUUUUACUAUUGUGAAAUUACAGUGAGUAUAUGAACCAAAAUAUUUGCCCCAUUAUGAAUUUAAAAGGCAACGAAUACAAAGCUACCUUUUCGGAGGUUUAAAAAAAUAAAGCCUUGGAUUCUUAAGUAGCAUGAUCUCCAUAAGACUCUGAAAUCCAUUUUUGCUACCAGUCUAAUAUUGCCUUAAGUGUUAUUUUUCAAAUAUAUAAAUAUAAACAUACAAACACACAAAUGAUGACUGGAGUCGACUUAAAAAAUUUUUUUCUUUUCAUGAGAUACUAUUUUAGAUGAAAUUGUUACUAUAGAUUGAACAGCUGUUUUGAAAUAUUUACUGUUUCUAAAACUUCAAGAGAAAUUAUGAAUAUACUUUCACAUACAGGCACUAGGAACAACAGUAAGGGGCCCUGAUGUCCACUAACUCAGGCAAAGUAAAGAAUGGCAUUUUCAAGUGACAUUUUACCUCCAUAUGAGUUGCCUUGCCAGGACUUCUUUCUGUAGAGUCAUAUCUUUUCACAUCUUAAGUUUUCACAUUUACCAUUUUCCAGAUAAUCUAAAUUUGGAGCAGAAUGAUAUACUCACAGCUGUGGAGGCUGCUUUCAAGAGCGGGGCUCCAUUUCUGUCACCUAAAUGUGGUGCUGUAACUAUCUUUAUCCCUACCUUCAAGAGCUUCCUUGUAUGAAGCCUGUCCUUGUCCAUCCGAAGGUGCAUCAAUCAUCAUGUUUUAUGCAUUUGUAGACUAUGCAGCUUUUCAUCAAACUGCAAAUAUAUAUGAGGGGGAUCUAAAAUUAGUCCUGAGCGUUUAACUCCACCACUGUAAGAGUAGAUGAUCCACCUACCUUUUCUGUGGAAAGUUAUAUGCUGUUGAGUAACUUUUAGCUCUUUUUAAAAAAAACGGAUGGAAUUUAACAGUGUCAUUUUUAUGAGUAAGUCACGUGAAGAAAUCUGAAAGGAAUCGCAUGUGGUCUUCCAGGAACCUGUGAUCGUGGUUCAGUGUGCUCCAGCAUUGGCUGGUUUCUAAAUUGGAUCUAGAGCUACUGUUGGAUCACUCAGGCAUACUAAUGGGUUCAUUUAAAUGGAUCCAAGCUGCAGUCCAUGAGCAAUAACAGACUACCCCGACACUGCUAUUUACUCAAUGCUUAUUUAGUGAAGGAGAUUAGUGAAACACACUAAGUUAUUAGUUUCCUGUGACUUUUUAAUAAAGUCUUUUUGACUAGUUGAUUUGGAAGAGAGAGCAUGUGUAUGACACAGCCAGUAUGGUGGAGUGCUAGGAUAAUCCUGUUUACAAUAAAUCGCCUGAAUUUAA